AUGCGGGAUAUUUUUGUUUUGGGAUUAGGUGAUGUAAAAAUUAUGGACCGACUCUUUGAAGAAGACCCCACCAAUGGUGUAAACAAUUUUUUUAAAAUGGUAAAGAUUGCUCAAGCCAAGGAGGCCGCGGUGAUGGAACGUUCCGACAUGUCAAAAGGCCGUGAAAUGGAUGAAAAUGUGUAUUAUCAUCGAAAUUCGGAGAGGACAUCCAGUUCCAUAAAGAAAAAUAGAAGUGGAGUAUUUAAGCAAGCUGGUGCAUAUUCGUCAGCAGCUCCACCAUCUACGUCUGUGKCAUCGUCUCCUGGAAGAGGAAAUUUUGUGCAGCAACAGUGUAGUGUCUGUGGCCGUAAAAAUCAUAAAUCAAUUCAGUGCAAGUUUCGUAAUUAUACGUGCCAUAAGUGUGGUGUAAAAGGGCAUUUAGCUCCGGUGUGUAAUAAGAAAAUUAGACAACAUUUUUUAGAAGAAGCCAGUACUCCCAGGACCGAUCAGUUAAAUGCUAAGUAUGAAAAUGAUUAUUAUUCACUUAAAGUCUAUGUUGUUAAGAAUGGGGGACCACCUUUAUUAGGAAGAAAUGCAAUGCAUAUGUUAAAAUUAACAAUCGCUAAAGUAAAUAAUGUUCAAUCUGAUAUAAACGCCUUGUUUAGCGAAUCAAAAUCAAGAUCAAUUCAAAUGUUAUGUAAUAAGUAUCCUGAAAUUUUUGAGAGUGGCAUUGGCACAUUUAAUAAAKGUAAAGUCACMUUACAWUUAAAAGAGGGAACCAUUCCAAAAUAUUAUAAUCCAAGGCCAGUUCCUUUUGCUUUGAAACCUAAAAUUGAAGAGGAAAUUGAUCGAUUAGUUUCUCAUAAAGUAUUAGUUCCUGUUGACUUUUCUGAUUGGGGUACGCCAAUUGUACCAGUGCUCAAAGCAAAUGGAAAAAAUUCGAAUUUGUGGAGAUUUCAAAGUUACUGUUAAUCCAUAUUUGGUCGAACAAAAAUACCCAUUA